CACGAUAACACAUUUUAUAUUAGCGUAGGUAGUUACUUAGAUACAAAAAAUAUACUGGCCUACACCGAUAUCUUAACUCAGUUUCGAUUCUAUUAGGAUGCAGUAGUGAUAUAUUUUUAUAAUAAAAUAUUAUUAAUACAAAACCUAGAUUGUAGAUAGGCUAUUUUUGUGUAACGGAUACGGAAGUCAAAUGCAAAUAGUGAAAAAAAGGUGUGAAAAAGUUUAUUUAUCCUUUGGACUUGUCAUGUGCAUUCAUUCAAUCGAUUAGACGUUCGCUUUCAUUCAUUCGUUUCAGUUUCAUUCGGUCACUUGUGAUUAGUGGGGUGGGUUGGACUCUAUUUUUGUUAUUUAAUAUUUUAAACAAAAGUGGCGUGUAAAGGCUAUAAUGUGUAUCGGUGAGACUAUUCGUGAACAAUGGAUUAGUUUCAGUCUAAUACUUAUUCAUGCAUACCGACAGGUAACCCUGAAGAUGCUCCCAUUCUAGUAAGACAAAAGGCUUGAUGUCCUUCACACAUUAGUGGAGUAUCGUUUGUGUAAAUAACUUUGUUAUCUCACAACACGGUCGUUGUGCACGUCUCCGUAGUGUUAGAGGUGAUUAUUGAAACGCUAACGUUGUUCACUAGCAUUGCAUGUAAGUAUCGUAAUGAUAUCAGUGUAGUGCUGCCGAAAGUCGAAAUAUCUCACCUUCUAUAAACAUCACGGCUCUACAACGUAAAUUACUAACACUAACAAUUCUUCGCGGUGGUGGUGCGUAGUCUAUCGCUUAUUCUAUAAUACCAAGGAGCAGUGCAGGCCACAGCAGCCUACUCAAGCUUAUUAAUGGUGCAAGCCCCCAGCCUCAACAACUAGACUAGAGCAUAGUUCAGAGCACACACUCUUCCUGUCGCACAUCAUGGCUAAUGUAAAAAGUAGACUAAAAUCAUCUCCGGAAAAAAAAACAGGGACCCGAGGAAGACCUAAAAAACAAAAAGUGAUUUCAGUUGCUCCUAAGGUAAACAUGCCCUGUAAAGAUACAGGUCCUGAAGCAAUGAUUGUAACUAAGAAGAAAGAAUCCCCUAAAGUUCUCACUGUGGAUGAAAAAGUGUCAAUAUUUUUGCAAAAUGGAAAGAAAUUAAAACAGAAUUUUGUAAAACCACUCCCUGGCGUUAAGGAUGGGAAAAUUGAUAAAAGUCAGCUGGGUAUUGUAAAAGAGCAACUAGUAUCAAAGUCAGGAAAACUAAAGGCAACAAACAGAGACCAUCUACGGCUGAUGGAUAAGCUAUUAAUGAGUGAGUUAAUGAUAACUGAAGUUAAUUCAAAGAGAAAAAAACUCAACUCCACUUCCUCUUACAUAAGCAUUGAGAGUGAUAAAUUUAAAGGAAAUGAUACACCUUCAAAGUCAGAAAAAGAUAAUACAAGUCCCAAGAAAAAGAAGAGCCAUCCCUCAUCAUCAUCAGACCAAAGUAUUGACAAUAACAAUACGGGAGGCAUAUCUGAUCAAAACAAAAGUGAAAGUGAAAGCUCUCCCGGAAGCAGCCCUAAAAAAGAAAAACAAAAGAAAGGCAAACAAAACACAAAACCAAAGAAGGCCAAAAAAAUUACUAACAUUAGUAAAAAACUUCACGAUGACUCUUCAAAAAAAAUAUCCAAACUAAAACAAGUGACUCUGAGCAACGGAGUUGUGCUGCGCUUGUCUCUGUACCAGUGUGACUACUGCCAGAAAACAUUCACCAACAAGUCAUCCCUGCGCAGACACAUCUACAUGCAUAUGGACAUCAAGCCGUACGGCUGCAUGCACUGCAGCAAGCGGUUCCGGCAGCGCUGCAACCUGCAGGUGCACCAGACCCGGCGCCACGUGGACAAGUACCCACAGAAGUUCAUGUGCAACCAGUGUGACAAGCCCUUCCUACUGAAGGAGAACCUGCUGCUCCACUUGACGAGUCACGUGAAGAAUGAGAACUCGUUCCGCUGCGUGGUGUGUGACAAGCGCUUCUCUCACCACCUGCUGCUGGUGCAGCACGAGAAGCAGCACCUGGUGUCGGGGCGCUUCCAGUGCUCCAUCUGCAGCAUGAGUUACGACUGCCGCUCACGUCUCUCUCUCCACGUUAAGAGCCACCUCAACAUUAAGGAGUUCGUCUGCCAGUACUGCGGCAAAGAGUUUCUACGGCCGAACUCCAUGCGCCGACACGUGGAGAUCUGCCACGGUGGCCAGACGAUACAGUGCCCGAUCUGCCGGAAGCGGCUGAAGGGCCACCUCACGGAGCACCUGCGCACGCACGACAACAAGCGGCCGCACGAGUGUCCCGACUGCGGGCAGCGGUUCACGCAGUCGACACAACUCACAGUGCAUCGCCGGUCUCAUACCGGCGCACGGCCGUACCCAUGCCGUAUAUGCCGCCGCCCGUUUACCCACUCCAACGCGAUGAUGCUGCACCACCGGCGGCACACGGGCGAGAAGCCGUUCUCGUGCCCGAUGUGUCCGAUGGCGUUCUCGCAGUUACCGCACAUGAAGGCGCACAUGAUGAAGAUCCACGGCAAAGCGAUGACGUACAAGUGCGAGCGCUGCCGGCAGUUCUUCAAGCUGAAGUCGGAGCUGGAGGAGCACGAGAAGGCGUGCGCGCCGCCGCCGUCGCCGCCCGACGCCGCCGCCAUGCCGCUGCCGCGCAUGCGCUUCCUUCUCGCGCUGCUCCUCACCAUGAUCGCCUCCAAGGACAAGCUCAAGUGUCUCGGUUUCAACAAGCGUCUGAUAGACGACCUCCUUGACGAUUCGCUGAAGGCGAUGGGGCAGACUCCUUGCGUGGACCAGUCGUUGUCCACCGUCGAGCGACUGAAGACCAACAUCCAGCUGCUACUGAACGGAACCGUGCCUGAAGACCAGAUGGCCAAGUUCCGACAAGAGAACAAGUCCACGGAAGAACUGUUGGUCCUUCUUACUGACGAGAAAAAGAAAUGAGUAAGCUUAGAGGUUGGCUAUUUACAAUGAGUCGAUAAUUCAAACGGCCGUUAAAUGUUUAACGUGCUUUGUGUCGUAGGUACUUUAUGGGUAAGGUCAGUCGAAUGGUUUUCCUGAAGCCGUUUAGUGCAUAGAGCCAUUUCAAAAGCAAUUAUGCAGCUGCCAUGUAGUAAAUCGAUGGUAUUUAGGGCUACUCCGACAUUUCGAAUAAACGUAGGUACCACAUGUGGUAGAUAUUUUGCCUGUAGCUACGUACUAGUGUUUAUCGGCCAUACAUAAUAAUAAUAUGUAAUCCUCGAAGGGGUAGUCAGUGGGGACACGCAAGCGAGCCACCCGCUUUUCGCACAAAAAAGUAUUUCUAUGAAUGAUUAAAUCUGUAAUUAUGUGAAAUGUUUCCAAAACUGAUACAGUCAUACAUAUACACAUGAGACAAAGUAACUUCCACUUAGUAGGAAUUCGUGUAGUUGAAGUGGCCCUUCAAGUAUCUCGAAGUACCUCGGUACUCGGUAGUCGGUAACGUGACCCCACUUCCUGUGGGGGCACGUGCAGUGAACCUACGCACGAUCGCUUCUUAAACCAAAUGCCAUGCUAAAUGCCCAUAUGUAUAACUAAAAUAAUAUGCGAAAGCUUCGAAUCGCAUUCAUAUUUAAAGAGUUCCCCGUGGGAAUUUCGGGAUAAAAACUUGCCUGUUGCACUGAGGGAUAAAGUAGUGAUGUCUGAUGUUCAGUAGUUUUUGAGUAAAUUCCUUCUGUGUACAUGCUUACAUACACUCGCGCCUUUCCUCCAGGUAAAUAUUAUGGAACCAGUGUCUCGACUCGAUGUUGUUUUUUAUAAUUGCACAUUUGACAUUCCUACCAUCGAUCGUAAACAAUGCAUAUGCAAUUUUAUAGGUUUUGUUCGCUAUGGCUUUUCAAGAUACAGUGCUUUUAUUUCAUGAGGUAGGUUCUCUUAAUGCAAGUUAAGAAUUUAUGAAUAUUUUCUAAACUAAUAAAUUAGAAGCACUCUACAUCAAAGUUUAAAUAGGUACAUACUUACAAGUAUUUAGUUAAGGACAUGUUUUAAAACAUUUAAAAGGAAACUCCGAAUUAUCCUUGAAUACCUUUAUGUAUCCAUUCUUCUGUGAAAUACGCGAUCAAAAUCGAAAUACCGUUUGGAUGGAUUUUCAAACCAUUGUCUAUGUAUUUAAGACAGAUUUUCGUGUGUUACAUAAUAUCAGCAGAUGUUAAGCGUAUCAGUUAUAUGGUAAUCAUUGAAUGCUUCAUUUCAAUGUUGUAAUUGUUGUCUUUAUUCUGCCGAGUCAUUUAGGUGACCUUAGUUCUGAUGGUGACGAAUCGAUACAUCACAUUUUAUGAUUUACUUACCUACCUUAUUUACAUUUGGUAGAUGGUAUUUCAUGUAGGUUACUACUGUUGAUCAUUAUUAUAUGGCCAAAGAAUAAUAUAAGCAAAUAUUCGAAUGAUACUAAAACAAAUUGAAACAAAUUUCAUUAGUAUAGUAAAUUCAACCAAAAAAUUGUACUGUUCGUAUAAAAAUUGUAGAAGGGUUAUAUUAUUAGAUCAUGUAUUUAGUUAUUAAGUUUAGCUUGCCAUUCACUGCUAAGUGAUGAUUAGUCCAAAGAUCGAUAUUUGUAAUAAUAUUGUAUUCUAAUUGAUAAAUACCUACCUAGUUGGAUUAGAGAAUAAUUAUUUAAUCAGUAGGUAUGUGUUGUGUGCUAUGUACAAUGAAUGUGAGUAUUUAUCAUAGGAUAUAAUUCUAGUAUAAUUAAUAGUUAAUUCUUGCUUAUAUUUUAAUGUAGAGCAGAGAUACAUACAUAAUGUUCUACAGUGCAAUGUCUGAGUUCACAUGUUUUGCUAAGGAAAUUAUAAGUAUGACUGCUAAAUUUAAUUUCAGGUACUUUCAGGGCUGUAUAGCAAUUGAAUAUAUAACUGUUUGCAUCUCAAAACCGAUACACAUAUCUAAAUAUUUAACUAUUCUAAUAGGAAAAAAUAUGUGUUUGUUUAAUUGCUAAAGGACUAACUUAUUUAGAUAUUAGCCUGUAAGUACCUUUUUUAUUAAGACGAAAUCCAGCAUACAGUAUAGGUAGCUAGCUACGUAGCAACCUAUUCUCGCUUUCAUAGAUAUAAAAAAGUGUGUCUUUGUGAACUAAAAUAUUGCACAUGUACCUUAAAAUAUGGUAUUGAAGUACCUAUAAUUAGAAUAAAUUAUUAUUAACCUGUAUUAUUAUUCUUAUGUUAAUGGAUAUUAGGUGGAAGCCAAAUAUUAUUUUUUAUUGGUUAUUUAAUUAUUAUUUUAAAUGUUGACUUCAAUUAUGUUAUUUAUUAAUUAUAGUGUAUGUUAGUCUCUCAGUGCCAUGUUGUUGAUUUUUCAAUUAGGUACCUACAUUCAGUGUUUUUGUUAAAAUUUUGUUUGUAAAAAUUUUGUAUGCUGCUUAAUAUAUCAUUUUGGGCAUUACCUAAAUAUUUAUAACCACCUGCAAAUAACAAAAGGGUAACUAAGGCAGUGGUGCCAUCUAACCAAAUUUAAAGAACUAUCCCAUAUGGUUGGUACUACUAAAAUAAUUAUGCUUUUGUAAUACUUCAAGGUGCUUGAAUUUGUAAGUAUUUCUUUAUUUUAGUUUUACUUAAUUCCUUCAUGUAUGUGUAAUAGGAGUACCUAAUUAUUUAUAUGUGUCUAAGAUAAAAUAAAAGUCGUUCUUGCCAUGUGAAAAUUGUUCAGUAAAAAUAUGUAAGUUUCUUUAGAAAUACAACUUGGAUUUUAACUAUAGCAUAAUUUUGCUAGCCAUAUUUUGGAUCCAAAUGUUAAAUUAUUCUUAGAUAUUUGUACAAGUUGGACUAAGUACCUAGGUAUAUUUUUGGACAUGAACAAACAUAAUCAAGAAUUGAAAACUUUUACAAGUUAUCGUUGUAUGAGUAGAAAUAGAAUACCAAAGAAUUAAAUGUACUAUCAGAGAAAUAAAAAAUAUUGUGAUGAAA